UCUCUCUCUCUCUCUCUCUCUCUCUCUCUCAUUCAUGAUCUAAUCAUCAUCAUCCCUCACCACACCACACCACACCACACCACACAAAACUUUCACUCCCUCCCCCUCCUCUCCUUUUCGGAGCCUGGAAAAGUCCAACACCUCCGGCCUCCCUCAUUAUUAUAUUCUUUUCCCAAUUUGACAAUUCCCACAUUUAUAUACACUAUAAAAUACACACUUCAAAACGCUAUCUUCGCUCCUCUCUUCUCCUCUCCAAUCACAACGAAAGCCACAGCCCUCUUUCCACAGAGACAAAGCCACGCCACGGCCAUGGACCCAGGCGGCGCAACCCAUGUCGCCACCGCCCGCAGUGGCUCGACCGCCGGUCAGGUCGGCGUUCAGAUCCACCAGACCCGACGCCUCCCAGAUUUCCUCCAGAGCGUCAAUCUCAAGUACGUCAAAUUAGGGUACCAUUACCUUAUCUCCAAUCUCUUAACCCUCUGCUUCAUCCCCUUGAUUAUCGUAACCCUAAUCGAAGCCUCCCAGAUGGACCUUUACGACAUUCAGCAGCUCUGGCUUCACCUCCAGUACAAUCUCGUCAGCGUCAUCAUCUGCUCCGCCGUCCUCGUCUUCGGUUUGACCGUUUACAUCAUGACCCGACCCAGACCCGUUUAUUUGGUCGAUUACGCUUGCUAUCGCCCUCCCGAUCACCUCAAGGCUCCCUACCACCGUUUCAUGGAGCACUCCAGGCUCACCCAGGACUUUGACGAUUCCUCCCUCGAGUUCCAGCGCAAGAUUCUCGAGCGUUCAGGCCUCGGCGAAGAGACCUACGUCCCCGAAGCGAUGCAUUACAUCCCUCCCAGGCCCUCCAUGGCCGCCGCCAGAGAAGAGGCGGAGCAGGUCAUGUACGGUGCUUUGGAUAAUCUGUUUGCCAAUACCCAUGUCAAGCCUAAGGACAUUGGCAUUCUUGUUGUGAAUUGCAGCUUGUUUAAUCCGACGCCGUCUCUAUCCGCUAUGAUUGUUAAUAAGUACAAAUUGAGGGGUAAUAUUAGGAGUUUCAAUUUGGGGGGAAUGGGUUGUAGUGCUGGGGUCAUAGCCGCUGAUCUUGCUAAGGACUUGUUGCAAAUUCAUAGGAAUACUUAUGCUAUUGUUGUCAGUACUGAGAACAUUACUCAGAAUUGGUAUUUUGGGAAUAAGAAAUCUAUGUUGAUACCCAAUUGCUUGUUUCGAGUUGGGUGCUCUGCAGUUUUGCUCUCUAAUAAGUCUGCGGAUUGGAGGCGGGCUAAGUACAAGCUUGUUCAUGUUGUGAGGACCCAUCGUGGUGCAGAUGAUAAGGCUUUUCGUUGCGUUUACCAGGAACAGGAUGAUAAGGGGAAGACUGGUGUUUCUUUGUCCAAAGAUUUGAUGGCAAUUGCUGGUGGGGCGCUUAAAACCAACAUCACCACUUUGGGUCCUAUUGUGCUUCCAAUAAGUGAGCAGCUUCUUUUCUUUUCGUCACUUGUGGUUAAGAAGCUGUUCAAUGCGAAUGUCAAACCUUAUAUCCCGGAUUUCAAGCUGGCAUUUGAUCAUUUUUGCAUACACGCCGGAGGAAGGGCUGUGAUUGAUGAGCUGGAGAAGAACCUGCAGUUGCUACCUAUACAUGUGGAGGCUUCUCGAAUGACUCUACACCGGUUUGGGAAUACUUCAUCGAGCUCCAUUUGGUAUGAAUUGGCCUACAUGGAGGCCAAGGGGAGGAUCCGCAAGGGCAACCGUGUCUGGCAGAUAGCCUUUGGUAGUGGCUUUAAGUGUAACAGUGCGGUCUGGGAGGCACUUCGGAAUGUGAAGCCAUCUCGUAAUGGUCCUUGGGAAGACUGCAUUGACAAGUAUCCUGUGAAACUAGUUUCCUAGCUCGAGUAACAUUCUUCUGGUUAGACUCUCUCCAUUCCGGUGGUUUGUCCAAGGGGCGUUACAGUAUGUAGCGUUGCUGCUCCUGUAUUGAGAUCAAUGCUUCAGAAUUACCAUGUUGGAUGAUCCUGUAUCUCUAAUUUUUUUUUGUUAACAUUUAGAGUUUAGUUUAGUUUUUUUUAUUUUUAAAAUUCAGUUAUUCAACUUGUAUCAGAAGCCUCUUGUAUUCAAUAUCAAUAAAAUCAAUUCAUUCA